GUUUCUGUUUCCCAGCCAGACUUUUAGACUUUUCCAGGGAAGCUCACCUGAACCCUGUUCACGGCCUUCCUUCACGUGUGAGGGACGACGAGCUUUCUUUCAGCAGAGUUUUGACUUCCAGUAUCGACAGCUCUGUUAGCGGCAACGAAUCAAUUGACGAACGACGAAAUUUUACAACAGUUCUCAUUUCGCCAGUCCAUUAUUCUAGUUGUUCGUCGACGAUAACGAAGUUUCGAGAGGUACUGUUGUGAUUGACCCCGCCUACCUCAACCGCCCAUCUUCCACGAGCAUUCUCUGCACCCCCUCAAGAUGCGUUUCGGAAAGACACUCCGCAACUCCAUAUAUCCGCAAUGGAAGGACCGGUACAUGGACUACUCGAAGCUGAAAUCUCUGCUGCGAGAAGACGAAGACAACCCAACAUGGACGGAGGACGACGAGAACAAGUUCUGCGAGGAGAUGUUCAACGUGCAACUGGACAAGGUGGCGGCGUUCCAGGAAUCGACGUUCAAGGCGCUGGAGGCGCGGACGGAUCGGACGGCGGAGAAAUUGAGGGAUCUGGCGCCCGAUGAUGGGAAUGUGAAGGGGGAGGUGACGAAGGGGAGGUUUAAGGAGGUCGAGGAGGAGUUGGAUGGGAUUAUUAAUGAGACGAAGGAGUUGAAGAAGUUUAGUAAUAUUAACUAUACUGGAUUUUUGAAGAUUGUGAAAAAACACGAUCGAAAGCGGGGCAACAAUUACAAGAUCAGACCUAUGAUGAUGAUGAACCUGUCGAGACGGCCUUUCAAUUCCGAACAAGGAUAUUCUCCCCUUCUUAACAAGCUGUCCAUGAUGUACUAUGCCGUUCGUCAGCAAUUGGAGGAAUCCGAGGGCACGCCGGCAGAUUCAUCCGCAGAUGCUCAAUCGCAGAUACAGAAUGGAGAGAGAUAUACAGCACACAAAUUCUGGAUCCAUCCCGACAAUUUGCUGGAGGUCAAGACCUUCAUUCUUCGUCGAUUACCUGUCCUUGUCUAUAGUCAGCAAUCUGCGAAAGAGCUCGAAGGCCAAGGCGACCCUACUCUCAAUUCUCUUUACUUUGACAAUCCAGAAUUCUCUUUGUAUAACCAGAAGGUCGAACGCCAAGUCAAUGCUUCCUCGCUUAGAAUAAGGUGGUAUGGACAACUGAACACAAAUCCCGAACUUAUGAUCGAGAAGAAGAUCAUCCACGACAACGGAAGCAGUGAGGAAAAGCGCUUCCCAAUCAAGGAAAAAUACAUUCAGCCUUUCAUCAAGGGUGAAUAUAAGAUGGAGAAGUCGGUGCAGAAGAUGGAACGUCAAGGACAACCUGAAGCCAAGGUCGAGGACUUCAAACACACUGUCGCGGAUAUCCAAAAGUUCAUUCUAGAACAUGAUCUGCAACCAGUAUUGCGAGCGAACUACACUCGAACGGCCUUCCAGAAACCCCUUGAUGACAAGGUCAGGAUCUCAAUCGAUACAUCGUUGGCUUUCAUCCGAGAGGAUGCUAUCGAUCCAGAUAGACCAUGCAGAAAUCCUGAGGAUUGGCACAGACACGACAUCGACAAUAGCUCUAUGGUGUAUCCCUUCAAGAACAUCAACCAGGGUGAAAUCAACAGAUUCCCGUUUUCAGUCCUGGAAAUCAAGGUCAAGGACGAUGGAGGGAAGAAGUACCCUCAAUGGGUCGAAGAAUUGAUCGCAUCACAUCUCGUUCACAAGGCGCCUCGCUUUUCCAAAUUCGUUCAUGGUGUGGCUACAUUGUUCGAAGACAAUGUUAACAAUCUUCCUUUCUGGUUGAGCGAACUUGAGACAGACAUUCGCAAAGACCCACAAGCAGCGUUUGAGGAAGAAGAGCAGAGGAAAGCCAAGAAAGCAGAGAAUGAGCAGGUUGUCGGCAGUUUUCUUGGUACACCAAGACACAAGGCAAGCUAUAGUGCCGCUGUCAGCUCACCGCUUGGAAAGUCUUACAUGCAAGAGCGAAUGGCAGCCGAGGAAAGAGCUGGUCAGAAGUCAGACUUUGGAAAAAGCAAGUCUCAAGGUCAGGCGAGUGAAGAGAAUGGAGACUCAAGCAACCAGGGUGGCUAUGGCACGAUGGCCUCCAUCUUCCCGUCCUUCUCCCAAUCAAGAUAUGCGAAAAAGCAACGAGAGAAAGUCAAAUUACCCGAAGGAGUUACAAAACCUACUCAGCUUAUCAAGGACUCGGGACCAUUGAAAGUUGAGCCAAAGGUCUGGUUGGCCAACGAAAGAACUUUCUUGAAAUGGCUGCAUAUCUCUAUCUUGAUCAGUACUCUUGCUCUUGCUAUGUUCAAUGCGUCAAGUAACUCGACUACUCGUGUCUUGGCUAUUGCUUUCCUUUGCGUCGGUGUCUUUGCUUGUGGUUGGGGCUAUUUCCAACACAAGGAGAGAAGAGAGAUGAUCAUUGCGAGGAGCGGGAAAGACUUUGAUAAUAUGAUUGGUCCAUUGGUUGUUGGUUGCUCGAUGAUUGCUAUCCUGCUCAUCAAUUAUGGAAUUAGAAUUAGUACAGUGUUGGAAGGAAGAGAAGAGCGCAAUGUAACGUUGUCGGUUGUACAUGACAUGAUGGGAAAACUUGAAUUGCAUUGAGUUUGUAGACUUGGGUUCCUGACGAUGAACAUAUCACGAUUGAAGGAUGAGGCAUAGAAAGAUUGUAUAUUUUUUGAAAGGGUGAACGGGUUCUAGCCUGUGAAAAGGUGGCAGGAUGUAUAAAUGGCCAAGAGAAAUUCAGGA